UGAGAUAUUACCAUUCUAAAAUUCAUACAUUAGACGUUAGAGUGCAUAGUGUAAACGUACAGUACUUCAAUUGGGACAAAACUUUAGUAUUUACUCUCCGAAGCAUGUUUUUGGAACAGAAGUAAUGUAGUAAUGAGUAAAUCUCCCCCGUGCUGCACGCAGACCAACAAAUCGAUAAUGAGAUUCAUUGACAAUGCUUUUCAAAAUCGAUUAUUAUCGAUUUUAACGAUUAGUUGUUGCAGAUCUAAUGUCUAUAUAUAUUUUAUAUAUACUUAUACACACACACAAAUAUACAUACAUACACACACACACACACACACAUACAUACAUACAUACACCCCUUGGAGUAUUGAGUUCAUUUCAUAUUUAAACAUCACUGGACUUGAUCAGGGGCUUUGAAUCAAGAAAAAUAUGCAUGGAAGAUGGAAUGAGGGGAGCAAAAUAAAUAAAUAAAUAAAAAUAAAUACUUUAAAAAAAGGCAAAUGAACAGGGAAAAAAACAGAAAGGCAGUUGGAAAAGGUGCUAAAAAAGCUGAUAGAAAAACAGGAAAGAAGAAAGCAAGAGAAGGUGAGUGAGUCUUAGGGGAAGAACCAUACAUGAAGAGAAGGGAGGAAAAUUAGAGGAAGCGAGAGAAAGAGGCAUCAGCAGGUGCUAGGUAUGCUGUGUCUUUACCUCCCUCCCUCACUGUCUCCUCCUCCUCCCUCUAGAUGAGCAGUCAAUUCUCCAGUCUUAAGAGUGAAGAAAGGACAGUACAGUAAACUGAUCAUACAGUGGCACACAUCACCUAACUCACUGGCACUACAGCAAGCACGACUCUCCUCAACUCUGAGGUCACAGACUUACCGAGAUGUCAACAUUAAUGUUUAAACUUAUUUCAAUAUUUGACUGGAACCUACAACACCUAAAAGGUUGGUCUUAUAUGGUGUCUGGUCUGCAUGGUGUUGAAUUAUGCCCAACUACGUGUAUGCCAAGUGGAGUUUUCUUCUAAGCCUUGCUAUCAGCAGCAUUAUUCUCUCAGUCAUUUAUAUUCAGGGCAAGUUUGGUUAUUUUCCAAGGGCACUGCAGCAUGUCUUGCCCUGCCGUCCAUUCCCCGAAAACUGUAGACAUUUGCCACCCACCUCCUCUUACACAAGAUGGGAAGGAACAGAAUGCCAGAAUCUGACCUUUACCAAUCCACUCGACUGCUCCCGUAUACAAUCUGAGCUUCACUUUAUUAUGGAGACCCUGAGCAAAGAAGAGGAGGACUACCCUCUGGCCUUCAUCAUCACUAUGCACAAAGACCUGGAGAUGUUUGUGCGUGUGCUCAGAGCCAUCUAUGCACCACAAAACAUCUACUGCAUUCACGUAGAUGCCAAAGCUCCAGAAGACUACAAAAUGAGAGUUGAGAAAUUGGCAGAGUGUUUUCCCAAUGUCUUUCUAAGCUCAGUUAGCGAGAAAGUAACCUAUGCAGGUUUUUCUCGUCUGAAGGCUGACAUUAACUGCAUGGAGGACCUGGUGAGGUCUCCAGUAAAUUGGCAAAAGGUGAUCAAUCUAUGUGGCCAGGAUUUCCCUGUUCAGAGCAACCUGGAGCUGGUCCGAUAUAUGCAAGAUGCAAAUUGGAGAGAUUAUAAUAUGGCUCCAGGAAUCAAACAGCCAAAAUACAUACGACACAGGACUGAAAUUCAACACAAGGAAGUCACAGGUCGCUAUGUGGCCUCCCUGGGUAAAGAGCACAAGAAGAUUUCCCCUCCACACAACCUGACAAUCUACUUUGGAACAGCCUACUACAGUCUACAAAGAGCAUUCGUGGAAUAUGUGCUUACCAGCCCAGUGGCCAAAGACCUGUUGGAAUGGUCCAAGGAUACCUACAGCCCAGAUGAGCAUUACUGGGUAACCCUUAACCACAUGGAAGAUGCCCCUGGCAGUAAUGUAAAUGCUGGCUGGGAGGGUAACAUUCGGGCCAUUAAAUGGAGAGACCAAGAAGGAAUAGCACAUCAAGGCUGUAAUGGAAGUUACAUCAGGGAUAUCUGCAUCUACAAUAUUGAGGAUUUACCCUGGAUAAUUGAGAGGAACAGCAUGUUUGCUAACAAGUUUGAGAGCACUAGCUAUCCUGAAGCUCUGGACUGCCUGGAACAGUGGCACAGGUACAAAGUCCUACAGCAAGCAACGGUGCCCAUUCAGUUAUCAUGGAAACUUGCAACAGAAGUCAAUAUUAGUAGUGCCACAGUGGAAGGUGGAAUAAAAAAAAAAAACAACAACCAAGAGAUAAUGUCACAGUAA